UGAAGCAGCGACGGCGCUCCGGCAUUUCUAUCUCUCUUUUUCCCUUAUUCAUAAAUCCCGGCGAGAAAAUACGGAAAAAUACGGCGAAAUACGAAGAUAAAGUACGGACGUUAAAACUCGAAAACUCGUCUAAGUAAAAGUGUUUCGAAGCAAAGAAUACAGCAAAGCAAAUGUGGUCUAUUACAGAAAAUUAUUUAAAAAGCUGAUUCCACACCCAAAAAUGUUAUGAAUACAAGGAACCAAUUUAAUCUACCGAAAUCUAAAUAAAUUCUACAAAAAAUCGGGAAAAGAGAAGAAAUACAACUAAGUAUCGGCCGCAAAAUGCUUUUGAGCAAUCAGCCGGCAAACGCGAAACCCCAGCAGCAAACGCAGCCUUCGUCGCCGUCGCAGAAUUUCAAGUCGAAGCUGCAGCAACAAAUUGCUAGUAUAGCCAACGGCGGCAGCUCUCAUCAUCAUCAUCAGAGCCACCAGCAUCAGCAUCAUCAUCAUCCGCUGGACAAUCAUAAUCAUCAUCAUCAGGCGCAGCAUCAGCACAACAUUUCCUUCGCCACGGAUUUCUCAAUUGCCGCGAUUAUGGCGCGCGGCGGAAACGCCCCGAGCAGCCGGGAACCUUCAGAACGGAGUCUGAGUCCCGCAUCUGUGGAGCGAUAUUCCGGCCAGGAUGCGGACGAUGAUGUGGAUGUUGACGUUGAUGUGGUCGACUGCAGUGACUCGGAAACGCCGACGGCAACAUCAGCAGCAACUGCCACAGCAGCGGCGGCCGCAGCAGCUGCAGCAGCAAUGCAGGCGCAGCAGCAAGCGCGUCAGGCGUUGCGUGUUGCACAGCAACAACAACAGCAGCAGCAGCAGCAGCAACAAAGGCAGCAGACACAUCACCAUGCCACAGCAAACAAGCAACAACGGCAAGAUCACAAUCAUCACAGCAGCAGCAGCAACAAUGGCAACAUCAGCAACUCCAGCAACAGCAACUCGAGCAGCAACAAUAACAAAUCAAGCGGACAUCGAGGGCGUUCAGCUGCCGCAAUUGGAGGCGCUGCCACGCCCUCGCCGCCACCGCCCCCGCCGUCGCAGAGUCCCGAGGAAAACGAACGCCUGUCGCCAGAGGAAUCGCCAGCGCAGCAGCCCACGCCCAAGAUAGUGGGCUCGUGCAACUGCGACGAUCUCACGCCCGUUCAGUGCCACCUGGAGACCAAGGAGCUGUGGGAUAAGUUCCAUGAAUUGGGCACUGAAAUGAUCAUUACCAAAUCGGGCAGACGCAUGUUUCCCACCGUUCGCGUGAGUUUCUCAGGUCCUCUGAGGCAGAUUCAACCUCCCGACCGGUAUGCCGUUCUUCUGGACAUUGUGCCACUGGAUUCGCGACGUUACCGCUAUGCCUACCAUCGCAGCUCGUGGCUGGUGGCUGGAAAAGCGGAUCCACCGCCACCCGCCCGCAUCUAUGCCCAUCCGGAUAGCCCCAUCAGUCCAGAGGCGUUGCGCAAACAGGUCGUGUCCUUCGAGAAGGUGAAGUUGACAAACAACGAGAUGGACAAGAGCGGACAGGUCGUGCUGAACUCAAUGCAUCGCUACCAGCCCCGGAUCCACUUGGUGCGGCUGAGCCAUGGACAGAGCAUACCCGGCAAUCCCAAGGAGCUGCAGGAUAUGGACCAUAAAACCUUCGUUUUCCCGGAGACCGUGUUCACGGCCGUGACGGCCUAUCAGAAUCAAUUGAUUACGAAACUGAAAAUCGAUUCGAAUCCGUUUGCGAAGGGAUUUCGCGAUUCGUCGCGUCUCACCGACUUUGAUAGAGAUCCCAUGGAUGCAUUCUUUUUCGACCAGCAUAUGCGAGCAGCUCCCCUGCGCUUUUUCCCCGAUCCCCUGAUGGCCCAACUGACGCCCCAGGAGGCAGAUGCCGCCUCCUUGGCCCUCCUGGAGAAGGCCCGCCAGCAUUUGCAAAUGUUUGGCCGAUCGCCGUACACGGAGAUGUUACUACCACAUUUAUAUCAGCGAUCGGCAGCGCCACCACCUCCACCACCCGCUCCCCACCUGAGCGCCUUUCAGCUGGGAAUGUGGCAGCAACAGUGGCCACAGCUGACGGCUGGAUUUUUGGCUAGUGCCAAUCAACAGGCGGCCUUGGCCUUGGCGGCGGCGGGUCAGGCCAAUAGGACACCACCUCCACCACCGGCGGCAGUGGCGCCACCGGCACCAGCCACGCCCACAUCCUCGUGCGGCUCGGCAUCGCCGGAUCUGAGAAUUAGGCCGCAGCUGGGUCACUAUCCGCAGCGCUUUAGUCCGUAUCAGGUGCCGCAGCAUCAGGCCUCGCCACCAGCCUCAAAUCGGGCAGAGAGUCCUUAGAAAAGAAAUUGAUAACUAAACCACCCAAAAAAACUACCACUAAAUCCCUAACCCCACCCCAAGGAUAAGCCAAUGUGGUUCUUGAAACUUUGAUAGUUAAAAAGAAAUUUUAUUUAAUUUUCUCAUCUUUUAAAAAGAUAGUUCAAUGCCAAGUUUUGAUUUUUAAAGAAUUUACUAACAUAGAAAAUUGAUUUAUUUAAUUUUAAAUAAUUUAAAUAUUUAAAUUCCAAGGAUUCAUUGACCACAUUGGUGUACCAAGCGAAAUGUAUGUGCAAUGUUGUUGAAAAAAAUAUGAAAGUAAUAUCCAUUAUCCCCUGUAAAUAACAUCCAAAGAUACACAUUCGAUGUUGCAUGUGAUGCUAAGGAUAGAAAACCGUAUCCACCGGUUUCACUGUAUUGUAAUUUCUCGUAGCAUUAUAACAGUAUUAGUUAAUUUAAUUAGGCCUAGGCAAUAAUAUAUGCAAAACUAUUCACAAAAAACUUUUGCUGUGUAUUUUGUGUUUCGUUGUCUUUAGCCUCCCCCCACCCAAAUGUGUGUUCCUAAAACUGCAAAUUAUUGUGAGAAUUCCACGCUGAAUUAAAUCCCCCUUAGACACUCCCCCGUAAACCAAUGCAAAAAAACAAUUACUAUAAACACUUAUUUAAAUCAUGUGCAAAAAAUUAAAUAAAUGAAAGAUAAAACAGAGAAGGAGCGAAACUGAAUAAACAAUUUAUAACACAAA